CAGUGACUGUUUCUGUCCUAGUCCUGCUCCAUCCUUACAGCCUACGACAACUCGGACCACAGUCAGCUACCCGGUCCUGCACGCUCCAACGUUGAACCAAAGUCUUGAAUAUUUCUGCAGAUAAUAUGGUCAACCAACGUCGUGGUCCUUGGACCCAGCAGGAAGAUCUAUAUCUUCUCCAGCUCGUGCAGCGCGAUGGUGCCUCAAACUGGGUCCGCAUCUCACAUUCCAUCGGAAGCCGGUCGCCCAAGCAAUGCCGGGAACGCUUCCACCAGAACCUGAAACCCACCCUGAACCACGACCCCAUCACCCCAGAGGAAGGCGAGCAGAUUGAGAAGAUGGUGCAAGAAAUGGGCAAGCGAUGGGCUGAGAUUGCGAGGAGGCUAAAGGGCCGAAGCGACAACGCGGUGAAGAACUGGUGGAACGGAGGUCAGAACAGGCGACGACGCGGAGCCGAUCACCGCCAGUCCGACAGCAGCGAUAUGCACGCAUACACACUCGACCACCACCACAUUGACAGCAGUCGCCGCCCUUCGCUCCCCGUUCUCGACACCCGAUCCUCCUCCUCCUCCUCCACCUCCUCUUCCGCCUUCCCAAACCCAGCAUACUACGCCCAGCCCUCACAAGCCCGCUACGCCCUCCCGCCAGCAACACAUUUCCCCUCAUAUCCACACCCGGGCCAACGCCCUGCCCCCAUCAGCAUCCACGCCGCCCAGCAAUCCAGCCGGCCCGGCUACGCAUUCGACACCCCCAUGCCCUCACCCUCCGUCUCCGUCAUCUCCGGCGAAGGCGCGCCCCCUUCCCUCGUCACAGACUCCGGCUCCGAAUCCCGCUCGCCACACUACUCCACCUCGCCAAACGAAAUCUACACCCUGCCUCCUUCUUCUUCUUCCUCGUCCUCCCUUGCCCCACGCUCUCAGCGCAGGCGCUCCAGCAUCCUCCGUUAUCUGCCCAAAUCCGGUGCUGAACUCGGCGGCGACGACGAUGCGGUGUUCAAGAAACUCCACCUUGCGCCCAUUGCUCAUCAUGACGUUGACUCGCCCCCGCUUGCAAUCUUGACUCCCGCGCCCGCCUACCACCACCAACAGCAUCACCACCACCAAUAUCAGCACCAGCACCACCAACAACAACAGCUCCUCCUCCCAAGCCCGCAACACAUGGUCCGCGGCGUCCCGGCCGAGCAGCAGCACUUCCCCCAACUGCCUAGCCCGCGCGAGAUGGAGAAGCCCGUCUUCCGCGAUCCAAACUAUGCGUCCUGCUGGUCACAUACAAAUACGAAUACGAAUACCCACACAGUGACGAGAACGCCGCCGCUGCCUGCUGUGGAGCCGAAGAAGAUGGCUCUGUCGUCGAUUCUGGCUUGAUCUUCUUGCUUGUGGGUUUGUCUUGGAGGAGGAGGUUGUUGUUGUUGUUGUAUGUGCUUAUUGGAUGGACUAUUACUACUACUGUAUGUGGAAAAACCUGUUUUGGUCGUUCUGGGUGUUUUUUU